GUGCAAGUGUGAAAUGUGUGUUUAAAGCAAACUGUUAUACAACUCAUCGAUUUUGUUCGAUUUUUUCUUGGCAUUUUCUGGCGACGCCAUUUUACGUUUUUGCAAUACCAAGUGGUGGACGUGUGAGAGCUAUUUCGUGGAAAAUACUGCAAUAAGAGCGUGAAUUACUUAUUUUCGUCACUGGAAACCGCAUCCCUACCUCACACAGAUGAAGUAAUCCUGGGUGUCGAUUCCAUCGGCGGAUGCGUGAAGAGCGGCGCAAGGACAAGUCAGUGCUAAUCACACCUUUGGAGUGUUCGCAGGAGUUGAUUUUGUGAGUAGAUUUGUGAAGAUUUUUUCUGGCCAUGGCGAAGGAGAUCGGCGAGGAGUAUCUGUCCAGUUUGGCGGAUCUCAACGUCAACAGCAAGCCACUGAUCAAUAUGCUGACCAUCAUUGCUGAGGAGAACAUCGAGCACGCGGAAGUGAUUGUCAAGGCGGUUGAGCAGCAUCUGGCUAAGGUGAAUCCGGAUGUGAAAUUGCCCGUGCUGUAUUUAAUUGAUUCAAUUGUGAAGAAUGUUGGGCGUGAUUACAAGGCACUCUUCAGUCGGUACAUCGUUAAUAUAUUCUGCGGUGUGUUUGAGAAGGUGAACGAGAAGGUGAGAGAGAAGAUGUUCGCCCUGAGACAGACGUGGAAUGAGGUCUUCUCGCAGCAGAAACUCUACACACUGGACGUGAAGAUCAACUGCAUGGAUCCUGGAUGGCCAAUAACGGCGAAAGUCAAGAGUCCUGCCAUUCAUUUGAAUCCGAAUUUUCUCAAGAACAAGGUUGGUACUGGUGAUCCAAAGCUGACAGAAAUGGCAAAGUUGAGUGAAAUGCAGUCUCAAUUGCGUGACAAGGAGAGGGAAUUGCAGGAGUUGCAGAAGCACAAACUGCAACUGGAACUUGUGGCGACACAGAAGAAGAUUGAGGAAGAAGAGCAGAAGCUCAACAUGCAAAUGACAAGUCUGCAAAUGGCCAUUCCGCCGCCUGUGAUUGGGCCACCGGGCGUCCGUCCGCCUGUUGUGCGCGGUUUCAUGCCUCGUCCGGGCACUUUUCCCUCAGUUGUGCCUCACAUGGGCGCUCCUGUGACUGCCACAGCCUCAAUGUCGCCCUUCGCUUCGAUGCCCGCGCCCAUGAUGGGCAAGACUCGCGUGGCACCCGUCAAUCCUGCACUGGUGUCGAGUGUGCAACUCAGGGAUCCGCGUUUGGUGCGUCAGAUGCAGCAACAGAUGGCGAGGAUGGCUGAGGCGCAGCCUCCGGUGCGGCCAAUGAUCACGCCAAGUGGCAGCAAGGGUGGGCGAAAGGUGGUUACAAACAAGGAGAAUAAGUCGCGAUCCUCAUCAUCAUCAUCACACUCUGGCAAGUCGUCAAAGUCUAGUAGUGGAAAGAGUACGUCAACAUCACCAAAGUCGAAGGAGAAGUCUACGUCGUUGUCGUCGUCGAAGGAGCGCAGCCGGCGGGACUCUUCAUCGUCAUCGUCAUCCGGAAAGGGUGGCAAGAGCGGCAGGCGAUCACACAGCAGUGAUCGCAGUGGAAAGGGAGAGAAGAAGGAGCAGCACAGCGAGAAGUCGCCCAAGAGGAGUGGCAAGGAGGAACAGCAGCAACAGCAGGAGCAGGACGUGAACACAGCGACGCCGACAAUCUUCAGGGAUAUGCGAUUGGCGCCGGGCACGAGGAGUUUCCUCAAGCAACCGGCGAGGAGUAACAAGAGUCCGACGCCACCACAAGGCAGCGACGGCGCCUCAGAGGUGCCCGUGGCGGAUGUGGACAUGCGGAUUGUGGCAGCGGCGGCGGAGCAGGAGAAGGUCGUGACAUCGGGUGUUGGUGGUGAGAAGAACGAUUUGCAGCAGCCUGAGAAAGUGUCAAGUGAGAACGCGGAGAAAAGUAAGCGUGAGAUUCAACUUCAAUUUUGUAGUCUUCUCUUGUACAAUUUCCUCAGGACAACAGAGUUGUUAUUGUUGAUUUUUCCUUUCUCAUUCUAUCUAUAUAUUUAUUUUUAUGCAAAACAACAAGAUGAUUCCUUUGCAGAGCAAUUUGUUGAUGCCUCAAUCGCGGAUGUGGAUUUACGACAAUUUCCAAGUGGCGUCAAUGAAGCGACAGGAGCUGCAAGUGCUGAAGAGGCCACGAAAGCGUCAGAAGAACCAACGAGUGGCAAGAAGCGUGCCAUUGAUGAACCGGAAGAUUCCAAUGUGGCGAGUAAGAAGAGUAAAAGUGAUAAGUUGGAUGUGUUGUUCGGGUCUCAAGAUGUGGACUUGAGGACUCUGGGUGCUAUUAAGGCUGCCAGUUCGGCUGAACAAUUGACACCGCCGCCGCCGCCAAUAAUUUCACAUGAGACUGAAUCCAAUUGGGCCAAAUUAAAGGGUGACACACCGAAGAAGCAGAGUCAAUUGAAAGCUAGUCUGGCGGCAAUUCGUGCCAAAUUGGCGGAAGCAACAAAGCCAAAACGGCCAAUGACGCAGAUCACUGAGAUUCUGGAGAGAAAGCGAAAGUUGCCGGGCAAAUUUGCCAAUGCGGCACCAACGGAGGUGGCUGAGGUGAUUGGCAAGGUGGAGUUAUCGGAGGAUCCAUCAUCGCAGGAUGCCAAUGAUGCGAGCAUUAAGAUCAUUGUGGCGCAGGCACAGGAGCAGCUGGACACACAGGCGAUUGAUCAGGAGCAGUACAACAGCAUGAUGAAGCAGGUGAUGCAGCUGAAUGAGACCAACAAGGUGAAGGAGGCGCAGAAGCGUGAGGCGGGCGGCAGGAAGCUUAAGAAGACUGUGACGAUUGAGUCGAGUUUUGCCACAACAACGGCGGCGGAUUUGCGCCGGAGUGAGCGUGCCGCUGUGCCUGGUGUUUGGGAGGCGGAAGCGGCGCCGUGGCAGCAAAAUAGCUACAUAAAUCCGCUGGCCAAUGCACUGCAGAACGCCGCCUGGAGUAAUCCGCUGUCCCAAUUCAGUGCACUGGAAGUGCUGCAGCAGCAGCAAUUGGCGUUGGCAUACAAGGCGAAGCAGACAAAUAUCCUGACCAUUAAGAUUGACAACAUACCGAGAGAGAUUAGAUUCUACGAUGACAUCGCAAUUGUAUUUAUGGAUUGGGAUCAUCCGAAGGAGAUUGGCUUUCAGAAUGGCCAGAGACGCAUCACAUGUGAUGAUAAGUACUCAACAGUGUUGAGCUUCAAUGCGGCAAAUAUUCCGUGGACAAUUGACGGUGUCACACAUCAGAUUCGCCUAGGAUGUCCAACGAGGGAGUUGUACAUUGACAACAAAUGGUAUGAGUGCUUCUUCAAUGAGCCAACAAGAGUGGAGUUGAAUGGCGUGAUGCGGACUGUGAAGAUUGAAGGACCACCGCCACAAGUGCGCAUUGGAUCACUGAGGACGGAUCUGGUGGUGGGAAAGAUCAAUCUUGUGAUCGAUGGUGGACGAUUUAUGCCUGUGUUUCUCGAUGGCAAAGAGCAACUGUUUGAGGUGGAUGGUCAAGUGCACACACUCCAAUUUGCCGACUAUCUUCUCACUGUGAUCAUCAAUGGUGUGCCUGAACCUGUUGUCUUUGGUGAAUUGCCCAAGAGUUACAAUUUGCGUGGACAGAAGCACUUUUUGCGCUUCCAAGGAUUGCCAAGUGGUGUUCAGCCGGGGAAGUUUUUCAUUCGCAAUAUGAUAAGGACGACAAGGCAUGAGGAUCUCGUGUCACCACCACCACCCAGUGCUGCCACAACAGCUGCAGCUGCUCUGGCGGCUGCCACAGCGGAGAAUCCCAGUCUCCAGGGUGCAUCUGUUGUUGCCACGGCAGCAGACACCAUUGCGAAAGAUAAUGAGGAGAUUGUGAAUUUCCACGCAACACCUGGAUUGGAAUCCUUGGCGCCGACAAGUGAGGAACAACAGCCAGAGCCUGAGAAGAAGAAGCAGAAGACGAAGAAGAAGGAGGAUGAAGACAAAAUUGCUGCUCCUGUGCUUAAUAAUGUGAAUAUCGAUGAUCUCUUUCAAAAACUCCUCGCAUCGGGAAUUCUUGCUGGUCAAACGUCAUCGAACACGGAGAAGUCAUCGUCGAAAGAGUCUUCUUCAUCUAAAUCAUCACGUCAUGAUCAUCACAGUGAUCACAGUAAAUCCUCAAGAUCGUCAAAGGAGAAGGCAGUGAAGCCGGUGAAUUUGUCGCGUCCGGAGACGAUAAAGAAUCGCCAAUCGGCAAUUGUGCAUCAACUCUUCAGUGGAAUGCAGUGCUCAAGCUGUGGCGUUCGCUUUCCGCCUGAGCAGACGAUGAAGUACAGUCAGCAUCUGGAUUGGCACUUCAGGCAGAAUCGUCGGGAUCGAGAUUCGGCCAGGAAGGCACACUCCAGGAAGUGGUACUACGAUGUCACCGAUUGGAUUCAAUACGAGGAGAUUGAGGAUCUUGAGGAGAGAGAGAAAAAUUGGUUUGAGACGCAACAACUGGAGAUGGAUGCCGGUCAGGAGGAUUCCAAUCAGCGUGGCGGUGCAGAUUCACCUGUGCCGAGUUGUCCUGCCCUUCCUGAUGACUCUAAUAAGAUCUGCGAGGUGUGCCAUGAUCCCUUUGAGCAGUUCUACAAUGAGGAGACGGAAGAGUGGCACUUGAGACCGGCCAUUAGAGUUGAGGAGCGCACUUAUCAUCCACUCUGCUAUGCUGACUAUCAGACUUCCCUCACGCUGAGCGAGAGUAAGUUGGAUGACACUGAAGAGGAGCCACCAGUCGAUGAAGAUGUUAAGAUGAUAGACGACGAUGAUGAUGAUGAUGAUGAGCCUGUUGUUGUGGUGAAGCAAGAGAAACCAGAUGAAGAUGUGGCGGAUAAGGAGAAGAGCCUCGCUCUGAAUCUCAUUUCCAAUGGCAGCGCAGCGCUGCCUGGAUUGGAUGCGGAGGAUGAUGAUGUGAUCGAAGUGGCUCCUGUGGAGCCGACAAUCACGGAGAUACUCGAUGAUGAGGAGGAGAAAGUGGCGUCGCCGGAGAAGUCGCCGACAAAGAGCAGCACUUCGGCGCAGCUGGAGGAGUCCGAUGUGGAGAUCCAGGAGCCACACAUUCCUAUUCAGGACCUGGAUGAGAUUGAGGAUGAGGUGCCGAACGAGGUGGCGGAGGCGGAUGACGAGGCGAAGCCCGCUGAGCCGCUGGUGGUGAAGAUCAAGGAGGAGCCCAAGGAUGACGGAUACAACGAAGAUGACGCGUUUAUGGAUGUGGGCACGUCUUUUGAUCCCAACGAAGAGAUGAUCAUCGACGAGGAGACGCUGGAUGAGCGACCAGUGGAGGUGAUCAAUGGACAGGAUGGUGAGAAAGCGGACGGGGCGGUAGAUGAAGAGGUGUCGAGGGGCCCCGAAGCGCCCCAGAUGAUCGCCACGAUUGAUGGGAAUGUGGAGAUGCAGGAAGCGGCCGCUCCGGCGGCGUCCACGAAUAAGAUUAGAAUAAACAUUUCCAAUUCUGUUGUAGUUGGCAAUAAACAGCAAAGUUCAAUAAAUAGCGUGAGCGACAGUGUUCGUGAUGGCGUGCAGGAGCCUGUGGCCGCCGAUCUCAAGCCGCACGAGCUCAAGGCGACACUGCAGGAGCGCACGCUGAAGACGACGGGGCGCUUCGCGAACGGCUACGAGACAUCCGGCCUGUGUUCCAUCAUGUGAGCGCGCGCAAGUGUGAUAUUUAGACUUGUACAGCUUUUCCCCCCCUUUUUGUACAUAUAAGAUCCCCAAUGAGAGAAUUUGAAUAAAGACUCCACCCUGCCCAUGA